AUGAUGUCUUCGGAUGAAACGGACGAUGUGCUGCCGAGAGAAGAUGAAAUGCUGAAAACAAAAAAAGACAAGUACAAAGUGAUCGCCCUGCUUGGAAAAGGAGGAUACGGAGCAGUCUAUUCGGUGCUUCGUCAGAGUGAUAUGGAGAAGUUCGCGAUUAAAUGUGAGAAGGCGUCGGCUGGAAAGAAGGUUCUUCUGAUGGAUUGUAAUGUGAUGAAAGGCGCGAUUCAAAUAAAGAGUCGUCAUUUUUGUACGGUUUUGGAUCGAGCAAACGUCAAGGAUCGAUUCAAUUUCGUGGUUAUGAAAUUGAUCGGAAAGAAUUUGUGGGAUUUGAGACAAGACCGUCCGGAUGGUAGAUUCUCGUUGGGUACAGCAUUGAAGGCUGCCGCGCAGUGUUUGGUGUCUAUCGAACAUCUCCAUAGUUUUGGAUAUCUUCAUCGAGACAUCAAACCAGGAAAUUUCGCAGCGGGAAGAACCGAAUCCAACGAGCACCACACAAUCUUCAUGCUCGACUUUGGUCUCUGUCGUGAAUUCGUGAAACGAGCCGAAGGUAAAGAUAUGAGAGCUCCACGUGGUACUGCUCCAUUCAGAGGAACAACUCGGUAUGCUCCACUGGCUGCAAUGCUCCAACAGGAUCAAUCAAGAAAAGAUGAUAUUGAAUCGUGGUUGUAUAUGGUUGUUGAAUGGACUUCUGGAGGUCUUCCAUGGCGGAAAUUGAAGGCUCAUGAUCGUGAAAAAGUGCUCACUUACAAGCAAGAUGUGAGAACGAAGCCGGAUAUUCUGGAUGAUUUCUUUUAUAAUUGUCCAAAGAAAGAGUUUAACAGAAUUCUGAAGUACGUCGAUUCUCUUGGCUACUACGCAGUUCCUGACUAUAAAUUCAUCUACUACUGUGUUCAACACGCUGCAACUGCCAACAAAAUCAAGGAUGAUGAUCCGAUCGAUUGGGAUCCAGACCGCCCGUAUUUCGGACCUGUUGAAUGUCCAGGAGAUGGGAAAGUGAUCGAUUUGGAUGUGGAAGGUGGUGCAUCGACCAAAGACUUCUCGAAGAAGCAGGCAAAAGAAAAAGAAUUGAAGGAGAAGGAUAAGAGUGAUGAGACUAGAAAGGCCAAGAAGAAAUCUGUAGCAUCACCGAACAAGGAGAAGACAGAGAUCAGGGAUGUGAAGAAGUGA